AUGGUAACAGCGAUACUGGAAUACAAAAAUGGGAGAGUUUCCUUAUUUGAGAAUGUGGGUGAUAUUGACGAAGACGAGGUGCAUUCAUUUAAUAAACCAGUGUACAUCACAUCUUCCUCUGAAUUAGAAGAAGCAAUUAGAAGAAAUGGAAAUUUUAGCAUAGAAAAACUAGAGAUUCUUCCAAAGGAAACAUCACCAACCAGUGGUUUAACUGCCAAAGAUGCGUCACUGCCCAUAAGGGCUAUAACUGAGGGACUGAUUGAAGAAAAGUUUGGACCAAAAAUCUUGGACAAGCUCUUUCAACUUCAUACCCAAAAACUUGAGGAUGCAUAUCCUGAAUUGCUUUCUGGUGAAGCAAUAAGUUUAUUCACAGCUCUUAAACGCAAAAAUAACCUCUAA